UGGCUUUGACGUCAAUGUACGUCAACUCGAGAAUAUGACGCCUCUUAGCGAGUCAACUCGUGUGCUCUGUAGCUGAUAGAGGCACCUCAACCUGAAAUAUUAUCGCUCUAUUGUACCCGGGGAACGUGGCGUGAAAGCCCUGUGGUUCAGCGAAUGGCUCGCCGCGUAUGAAAGAGAGUCAGCGCCACAUUGGCUUUUUUUUUUUAAGCCGGUAGGGGCGACACAGAAAUCAACUUUGUCUAUUUUUAAUGGACACGCUUCGGGCGGCGAUAGAAGCGGCGGCGGCGGCGGCGGGCGGUUUGUUUUUCUUUCGUCUUUAUCUCUAGCUGCUCAAGCAAGCCUGUCUGAGUCCUCCCGUCUCUACCGCUUUCACAAGCAGUCCCAUUUAGAACAGCAUGGUCAUGGCCGACAGUGUCCAAAAACCGCUGCUCCGGGGUCCGGUCCGAGUGGGCUUCUACGACAUCGAGCGCACUUUAGGAAAAGGCAAUUUCGCUGUCGUGAAGCUGGCCAGACACCGCAUAACCAAGACCGAGGUGGCCAUUAAAAUCAUUGACAAGACCCAACUGGAUGCCGUCAACCUGGAGAAGAUCUACAGGGAAGUUCAGAUCAUGAAAAUGCUGGACCACCCCCACAUCAUCAAGCUAUACCAGGUUAUGGAGACGAAGAACAUGCUGUACUUGGUCACAGAGUAUGCCAAGAAUGGCGAAAUCUUUGACUACCUGGCAAAGCACGGCCGUCUCAGCGAGCUGGAGGCAAGGAGAAAGUUCUGGCAGAUCCUGUCUGCAGUCGAGUACUGUCACAACCGAAACAUCGUCCACAGAGACCUGAAGGCAGAGAACCUGCUGCUGGACGGCCACAUGAACAUCAAGAUUGCAGAUUUUGGGUUUGCGAACUUCUUCCAGCCAGGGGAGCCUCUGGCCACAUGGUGCGGCAGCCCGCCUUAUGCUGCCCCAGAAGUCUUUGAGGGACAGCAGUAUGAGGGACCGCAGCUGGACAUCUGGAGCAUGGGGGUGGUGCUGUAUGUGCUGGUUUGUGGUGCUUUGCCAUUCGAUGGGCCCACUCUGCCCGUGCUGCGACAGAGAGUCCUCGAAGGAAGGUUUCGAAUUCCCUACUUCAUGACUGAAGACUGUGAGCACCUGAUCCGCAGGAUGCUGGUGCUGGACCCGUCCAAGCGUCUGUCUUUGGCCCAGAUCAAGGAGCACAAGUGGAUGGCUCUGGAUGUUCCUGUGCAGAGGCCGGUUCUGUACCAGCAGCCGCUGUCUGCAGAGGGCGAGGUCGGCGUCGGAGAGUACAGCGAGCAGGUCCUCCGCCUCAUGCACAGCCUCGGCAUCGAUCAACACAAGACCAUAGAGUCUCUGCAGAACAAAAGCUACAACCACUUUGCUGCUAUUUACUACCUGCUGGUGGAGCGGCUCAAGGCACAUCGCUGCAGCUUCCCUGUUGAACAGAGGCUCGACGCUCGCCAGCGGCGCCCCAGCACCAUCGCUGAACAAACCGUCAUCAAGUCCACCAGCGGUUCAGCACAGGUGGGGCUGCCACUGCAGGGCGUACGCUUGUUGCGUCCCCCCACCGUUCCCCAAUCCACCUCCGACGCCUGCAGCUUCCCCCAGACGGUGUCUCCUCUGGAGCAGAACUUCAUGGUGGAGGACAUCAGCACGCCCAAAGUGAACGGCUGUCUCCUGGACCCCCUCCCUCCCACCGCUGUCCUCCGCAAGUCCUCUACCUCGUCGCCCAGCAACAUGAUGGAGACAUCGAUUGAUGAGGGCAUUGAGACCGAGGAGCCGGACGCAGAGGACGAUCCCGCCCACCUGCUUUCGGCCUAUCAGACGGCUCGAUUCGGCCAGCGGCGGCACACCCUGUCUGAGGUCACCAACCAGCCAGGACCUUCAAAUCAAGGUAAAUUGUUCAGUCUGGGGCACAACCCGUCCAUGGGAAGCGUCGACUCGGAUAUUGGCUACGACAUGGGCUCGGCGCACAGUGACCUCGGCCUGCUGGAGGACUCCCCGUCCCUCAGCGAAGUGAUACCGGCCAGCGGCUCCGCCGCCAGCUGCAACCCUGCGCCUUUCAUGAUGGCGAGGCCCCCGAACCCAGCAAUGGCUGCCCUGACAUCCCAGCACCGGGAGACGCACAACCGCUCCCCGAUCAGCUUCAGAGAAGGACGCCGCGCAUCCGAUACCUCCCUCACGCAAGGUCUGGUGGCGUUCCGGCAGCAUCUCCAAAACCUGGCGAGGACCAAAGGCAUCUUAGAGCUGAACAAAGUCCAGAUGCUGGUGGAGCAGAUGGGCUCUGGAGACGGGGCCGUCUCCGGCCUCCUGGGACCACAGCAUCAUUUGCACAACCUGCUGGAGGGCGAGGCCUGCAAACAGCAGGAAGGCCUAGCUUUAUACCCAGGUGAAGCCCAGCCGCCUCUCCUGUCCCGCAGACAGAGUUUGGAAACACAGUACCUCACACACAGGCUGCAGAAGGCCAACAUCUUGGCAAACAGUCCUGCUAGCUGUCAGAUUUUCUGUAAGGAGACUCCUCGAAGUUUAGAGCAGCAGCUGCAGGAACACAGACUGAACCAGAAGAGGAUGUACCUGCAGCAGCAGUCGCAGGGAAUGGGCCUGCAGGCCUACUUCAACCAGAUGCAGAUAGUUGAAGGCUCCUAUCCUCCGGUCGGCCCCUCUAUGGACCCCGCAGCACCUCCGGGCCCCCCGCAGGGCCCCGCCAUGCCAGCGGGCGGCCAACAGCUGCAGCAGCCAGGCGGCUCUCAGGCCGCCGCCCCUUUCGGCCACGCCCUCAGCCUGAGCCCCUUACUGGAGCCAGGGGAGGGCGUGGUUUACGACCCCUACAUGAGCCAUCACCACUACACCCAACAUCUGCCUCACGGAGCCCACCUCCACCCCCAGCUCCACCACCAGAUGCCUCAAGAUGCUUCCAGCUGCGGCCUGGGCUUCAGCUUCCCUCCUGGCUGCGAGCAGCCCGUCCUCGGGCCCCCUCCUGAGGCUCUUCCGCCAGACCAGUACGAGCUGUCCAUGAACCCCCCCUCGCUGCUGCAUCCCGCUCCAGGAGAGGCGGACGCCAGGGCCACGCCUGGGGUUCUGGGCGGGCCAGCCCAGUCGGACAGCCUGGGGAUGAGCGAGCUGCCCGCUUCUCUGCUGGACAGCGAGAUGAUGGAGACCGUGGACUCCCAGCAGGGCUUCGUACUGGUCAACUGAACCCAGCCAGAGGAGGUUAUUGUUGUUCCUAGAGAGCAGUGUUAAACAGCGACGCAGCAUUAAGAGCAGGGAGAACGGAGAUGUAAGCGGAGGUCGUAAGCGUAGCAGCAGGGAAGGAAGUGUUCACUUUUGUGCAACUAAUAGAAACUUCAUUUCUUAGUUGUAAGAAGCCUCAACAUUUGUACCAAAAUCCUCCCUCAACCUACCUCCCUUUCUCCUUCUGCAACCCCCUGUUGUAGUUCUCGUCUGCCCUCGCAAGGCAGCAAGGAGGCCUGUCGCCGUGCCGACGCGGCGAGGCUGCUGUCGCCAUAUGUGCUGACUGGCGGAGGGGAUGCCGCAACAUUUCGCCUAGAAAUGGUUUGAGAGCAAACUAAUUUAGGGACUUGAAACUGAACGGCAACCAAAAGCACAAAAAGGCUGGUUGUGCUUUUCGUACUUCAAGUUACCGUUGACGACAAUAAGGCGGGUUUCUGAAUGAGACUUCUGUGGACUUUUAUUCAAUUUGUUUGGAGAAGAUGGGGGAGGGAGCGAACCAAGUGAGCAGGAGAAGAUGGCCCUCGUUUAUCACGGUACCACAAAUAUUAAUGCAAAUUCAAGUGAUUCAAGCUGGUGUUUUUGUGCAGUUAUAUUACCAUGGUCAUCAACAGGUUUUAACACUAUCACUUUGAUACACAAAAAUGUAACAAAUACCUGCUAUGGUGUUACGUUUCUUAACCGUUAAGGACAUAUAGUUUCUUUUUCUUUUUUAAUUUUGUGAUGUUUGAUUCAUAAAUUCUAACUACUGAUCUCAAGCUAUUUCCAACACUACUGAUUGCUGUCCCAGUUCCAGUUCACCCAUUACCAUGAUUACCAGUUCAGCGGAGGCGUGGCUCUUGCCUUCGCCUGGUAAAUGAGGGCUGAUGUCGAUUCAACGUGGAAAGUGGAGGGUUGGAGUUGAACGUGUGUUUCUGUGGCAAUAUCGAAGCAAUAUUAAUCCUGAAUGUUGAGGUUGCGAGGGGGGGUCGCGAACGGAAGCCUCCGAUUGGUUCCCCAGCCACCUCCAGGUCAGCGGUGACGUCACUGGAGCGGAUGAUGUAAGCGGGAGAUAAUCUCACCUCUGUUCGCGCUAGGAAACGUUUCAUGGAGGUUACUGUGUUGAAGUCGGAGAAACUGGUUAGUUUUUUCCAAAAAUAAUCAUUUAGGGUAUUAAUUUAAUCAAAAAUGAAUACUGUAUUUGCCCCGCAAACAGCAAAAGUUAUCUUUUUAAGGUAUUCUGUAAUCAAAUCAGAAACAGUGUUUUUAGAUUAUUUUUUUUAAACCUUUUGCACAGUACUUGUUUUAGAGAUUAUUUCUGGUUUACUUCCUCUGCUCCAGUCAUGCCUCUGCUGUUUUUUUUUUGUUUAUUUUGUUUUUAAAUAAAUAACCCCUUAAAGAUUUCCUGAGUGGAUUCUCCCCUUUGACGUUGCGGCUGCUGCAAGAUGAAGCCCAGCAUCCUUCAGCUAACGGGGAAUCUCAAUCGUUUCCUCAGCCUAUCUCAAUUUUUUAUUUUUUUUAUUUUACUUUGACGGCACUCAGACUGUGUUCGCUCUACUAGAUAUAACUCUGACAGAUGAUCAGUCGUCAUGACAGCAGUUGAGAUGAGAUUACGGUACUGCGACCAUCUGCCAGACCGUGCGGCUUGUGGUGGUUUGUGGUUAAACUGUAGGAAGGUUUGGAGUCGGAUCCAGCAGCAGAACCAAGGUGUUCGCUCAGAUUUGUCUGACCCGGAGUUGAAACUGACAGUUGAACCGUCAACAAAAGCUGGUCUGGCCUUGGUUCAUGUGCGGGGAGUUUGAGUAAAUCAACCCAACGAUAAAAGUUAAAUUAGCUCAUUUGUUUGACCAACUUUUUUUUUUUUUUUAUUAGGAUUUAUCGACCAACAAAAGUAGCAUGUAACUGUGAAGUGGAAGGAAACAGAUAAGUGGUUUUUAAACGCAUCAACAAGCCUUGAUCUGAACCAUUUCACCAUCCAUUUCCCAUCGACUGGCCAGCUUUCUUGUCCCAGCUAAAGAGCAACGUCCUCCCAGCAUGAUACUGCCACCAGUGGGUCUACCCAGGGCUUUGAAGAAAAAUGUUUUCAAGUUUUAUAUCUUAUUUUAUUAACGAAAAUGAUAUUUACAAAAAUGGCAGACCGGAUUUGAAGAGACUAAUAGUUUCUUAUCAAGGCAUCAGAAUAAAGGGGGCUGAAUACAAACGGUGGUGGCAACAUCAUGCUACGGGGUUGCAGGGACAAGGAGCCUGGAACAACUGUGUGCUUCUUUGUGUUGAAAAUCUGUCGUUGGAUUGUGAUUCGAAACCUUUUGUAAGGUUGACUGAACAGCAGCUCUUUGGCUUAUUUGGUCACUUACUUGGUUUUUAGUACCUUCAACAGACUCGGCUGACCAGAAUGAAUUGCAGGCCUGUUGCAACAUUCGCUUCGUAGUCGCAUUAACAGUUCCACCCUUCACUUUACAAACUCGGCAUGUUGCUCUUGUCGUAAUCCAGCCAUAGUUUGACGGGG